AUGUCGACACCCAGCAAGAAGACCACUACCAACGUAGUUCUCUCGSGCACCCCUAGCACUAAGAAGUCUCCCAGCACCAAGAAGUCUUCCAGCACCAAGAGGUCUUCCAUUACCAAGGAUUCUCCCAGCACCAAGAACUCUGCAGACAAGCGCAUCAUCAAACCGAAGCGUGUCUCCCAUCUUACUUCCGCUCAGAAAGCUGCCACCACCCUCCACCACAUCUCCGACUACUCGGCCUGGUACCUGAAGGAUUUCCCGAGCACCACCGACUCCAAAAAUCUCGCGGCACAAUGCGCGUCCAUCGGCACCAAUGCCUACGAUUGGCCCACGGCUAGAGCUCAGCACGAAGCGCAAAUCGCGCGCCUCAAGUCCUCGCGCGACCGGCCCAGACGUGAGUACAGCACCCCUGGCCCAAAGACUCGUGUUUGGGUUCCAAGAUGGCCAAGGGAGAACCCGGCCGUCGGUGAGAACUCCGAGAUACCCGAAGAUAGGCAUGGCAAGUCACGCGAAGCGAUUGUGCGAAUUGUGCAGGAUCAGGAGGAGGCUACCAAGGAGGUGUUCGCGCUAAUGGAGCGGUUCGCGAGCUUUGCUCAGCUGUCCGCUGAGGAGAAGAAGGGGUAUGUGCGGGAGCAUUUUGAUAUCGCACUGAGGUUGGAAGGCAUUGAGGUGAUUGAUUGGGAAGUUGGCUGUCACGGGUGGGAGAUGGAAGUGUUUUUCCAACAGACGAAAAGCUGGAAGGGCAAGUGGGGGUUGUUGUGA